AUGAAGAAAGGGACGCGACUGUUGAAGUAUGGCCGAUUGGGAAGGCCGCGAGCCUGCUAUUUCCGUCUUUCUGCCGACGAGACCGAGCUGGUGUAUCUCUCUGGCGACCGGGAGAAAUCGCUUCCUCUUUCCGCAGUCAGCACCAUCGCGUGGGGCCAGAAGACAGCCAUAUUCCACCGGCACCUGAGGCCCGACAAGGAGAACCAGUCCUUCUCAAUAAUCUUCUGCAACGGCGGGCAAACCAUCGACGUCAUCUGCAAGGACACGGACGAGGCGGAGAUGUGGUUCGUGGGGCUGGGCACGCUCGUGGAGAAGCAGCGCCGCACGCAGUCGGAGCGGCUGGGCAGGCAGGCCAUGGUGGUGGUGGCGGCAGAGAGAGGGACACCCGACUGGUCACCCAACUCCUCGCCCUUCUUCUCUGUGGACCGUAAGCCGCAAGCAGGCGGGUCCGUGACAGCCAGUCCGCCAGACAGAAUGAGCCCAGACGUGGCGCUCAUGCCAGCGUCCAAGUCAGCGCAGGACAUCUCAACGUACCCAGCAGCAGACGACCGCUCCAGUGAUGGGGAUGACGCUUCAGACACCGCCUCUCUGAGUGGCUUCUCCGUGCAAUCUGUGAAUCAUGUUUCCGCCGCCAAUGCACAGUUGAUUCAGGGGUUGAAUAGUGGCGCUGGUGUUGUGGCGAGUCACCCGAGUGCAACCAGCAGUGCGGGGGAGGACGGGGGAGGGGAGGCGCUAGGGGAUCUGUUCAUGUGGGGGGAGGGGCUUGGGGAAGGCGCGUUAGGGGGAGGCGGGAUGAGAAAGAAGGGCGGGCAGAGGAUGGCGAUGGGGGCGGAAUACGACAGUGUGGCACCGAAAGCGCUGGAAUCGGGAGUAGUGCUGGAUAUAUGCAGAGUGGCGUGCGCGGAAGAGCAUGCAGCGCUGGUGACGCGGCAGGGGGAGGUGCUGUGCUGGGGGGAGGAGUCCGGGGGGAGGCUGGGGCAGGGCGUUGAGAAGGACGUGGAGCAUCCGCAGCUGGUAGAGGCGUUGGGGGGUUUAAGGGUGGAUCAGGUGGCGUGUGGGAAGCACUUCACGUGCGCCCUCACACGAGGGGGCGAUGUGUACAUAUGGGGGGACGGGCGCAGGUGCCAGGGGCUGCUGGGAUCGGGCGGGUAUGGGGACAUGCCCCAGUGGGUGCCGCGCAGGCUGGGCGGGCCUCUGGAUGGGGUGCAUGUGGUGCAGGUCGCGUGUGGGCCCUGGCACGUGGCGGUGGUGGCGGCUGGAGGGGAGGUGUUCACGUUUGGUGACGGCACGUUUGGCGCUCUGGGGCAUGGCGACUGCGAGCAAGUGCAGGCACUGCAGGGCUACCGAACCCUAAGAGUGGCGUGUGGGGUGUGGCACACUGCUGCAGUGGUGGACACAGGCCAGUCAGGCGAUGGGGGCAGUAGCAGCAGCAGCAGCGGCACGGGGGGCUGUGGGCAGGUGUUUACAUGGGGCGAUGGGGAUGGGUACAAGCUGGGCCAUGGGGACAAGCAGCAGCAGCUGCUGCCGACUCUGGUCAAUGCCCUGCGCCACGAGAGCUGCUCUCAGGUGGCAUGUGGGGAGAGCGUGACAGUGGCGGUGACAGCAGCAGGGCAGGUGUACACGUGGGGCAGUGCGGAAUAUGGGCAGCUGGGUAACCCUCAAGCUGAUGGCAAGCUGCCAGCUAGAGUGGCGGGCCCGUUGCAGCAGAAGCAGGUGGAGCAGGUGGCGUGUGGGGCACACCACUUGGCAGCACUCACCACCACAGCGCACCUGUACACGUGGGGGCAGGGGCGCCAACAGCCUCUGAGUCAACUCAAACCCCACCUCUUCCCCCCCCCAUUCUCCCGUGCAGCUCGAGUGGCAGGCCCGUUGCAGCAGAAGCAGGUGGAGCAGGUGGCGUGUGGGGCACACCACGUGGCAGCUCUCACCUCCACAGCGCACCUGUACACGUGGGGCAGGGGCGCCAACGGUCGUCUGGGUCAUGGGGACGUGAAGGACAGAGACGUGCCCACCGCUGUCACUGCCCUCAAAGACAGACGCGUGCUGCUGGUGUCCUGUGGAGCGGCCAGCACUGCGGUGGUGUGUCAGCACAAGCCAUUCUCAGGCGCCGACAACUACCAGUGCAACCAGUGCCGCCAGCCGUUCACCUUUGCGCGCCCGCGCCACAGCUGCUACAACUGUGGGCAGCCCGUGUGCCAUGGCUGUAGCAGCCGCAAGCUGCUGGGGGCCGCCAUGGCCCCGUCCUCCUCCCGGCCGUACCGCGUGUGCGACUCCUGCCAUGCCAAGAUGAUUAAAGCUGCUGCAGCUGCCGCUGCUGGGGCUGCUGUGGGGAGUGCUGCAGCGGCUGCGGCAGCAGGUGGUGGUGGUGUGGGGCAUGGGAUUGUGGGUGGUGUGGGUGGGCUGGGAGGAGGAGGGACAGGGGCGGUUGCAGCAGGGGCAGGUGGAGGCGUAGGGGGAGGGGUAGCUGGUGCAGGUCAGACUGGUGGCAUUGGGGUGAAUGCAGAAGGAGGAGGUUUGGCAGGAGGGGCAGGGAUGGGUACCGGAGCAGGUGCAGGCAGCGUUGCGCCUGUGAGCCUUGCGAUGAGCUGGCGGUCUCGGAGCAAGUCCAUGUGGCAGCGAUCGCGCACGUCCAAUGAUGUGGACAAGCUGCUGGACCCGUCACUGGCUGACGUGGCAGCUACAAUAUCCUCUGGAGCAGCAUCAGGAGCACCAUCAUCAUUAACAGCACCAGCAGCAGCAGCAGCAGCAGCAGGGGUUGUAUCAGGAGGGGGUCCUGUAUCCCAUGCACCAUCUGUGUCGGCCUCUACAGACGGCCUUCCUAACUUCCGCCGCGCUCGCACCGAAACCCUUCCUGCACUCUGGAGCUCCAUAGCCGUCCCCACCUCCUUCGCCUCUUACCUGUCGCAGCAACCACGCCCACAAGGGCUCUCACAAGGUCCCUCACAAGGAACCCAGGGACUCUCCCAUGCCCCCCACUCCCGUGCCCUCCCCCCUUCCAACAGCUCUGUUUCAGCCUCCCUCCCCGCUCUUCCUGCUGUUCCCCAUGCCCACUCCGCCUCUCCUCCCCUUCGCACCAGCGCUUCACCUCCCGGCAAACCUGAUGACUCCCAUCUCCGAACCAGCCGGUCGCUCCGAGGCUCGGUCCAAGGCCCGGGGAAGAGGUCAACCAGCCCGAUGCUCCGGCGGUCCAUGGGCACGAGCCCGCUCCGCCGAGCCUCCAGCCCAACCGCGGCUCAGAUAGCUUCGGCAGCCGCUGCAGCCAUGGCUGCUGCAAUGGCAGGGCGUGUGCCUGGCCCCUCUCCUGCCUCCAUCGCAGCAGCAGCUGUGGCGGCAGGGCAGGUGGGACCAGGGGGGAUUGGAGGGGUGGGGGGGAUGGGGGCCGUGGGGGGAUUUGGAGGCGUUGUGGCGCUGCCUGGGGGGGGAGGGAUGAGAGGAGGGUUGUCGAUGGGGAGGGUGGGCGGAGUGGGAGGUGCAGCGGCAGGGGCAGGGGCGGGCGGGGCAGCAUCGGAGGCAGAGAGAGACACAGCAAUGGCGGGCAUGCGACAUGCGAAGCAGAACGCGGAGAGGGAGGCGUACCGCCUGCAGGAUGAAGUGGAGGUGCUGCGGCAGCACUGUCAGCUGCUGGAGCAAGAGCGCAGGGCAACACUGGAGCUGGCCCAGAGGCAAGUGGAGGCAGCAGUAACUGCAGCCAGUGAAGCAGGCGCGAGGGCAGCAGGAGCACGCGACAUCAUCCAAGUGCUGUGUGCCCAGAUGCAGGAGCUGCUGCAGCAGGCGCCGUUGAUCCCGGUGAAGCAAGCCAGCCUGGCGAUCCGAGCCGUUGAUGACUCUGUGCUGUACACGGGUCCUCUGCUCCUGUCGGCGUCUUCCUCACUGCCCCCGUCGCUUGUUGAGCUGCCACCGCAGCCUGUUUCAGGGAGCGGUGGUGCUGUGCUUGCUGCUGCACCUGCUCUUGCAACUGCUGCUCCGGGUGCUUCUGUGGGGAGUGUUGAGGGGUGUAGGGUAGGGGGUGGAGGCACAGCAGCAGGAGCAGCGGGAGCAGCGGCAGCACCAGACACAGGAACAGCAGAAGCAAGUGCUGCUUUCCAGGCAGGAGCACCAGGAAGUGUCACUGCAAACUCGCGUCCAACGAAAGGCUUCCACGUGUCCUCCUCUCUGGGUAGCUAUAGCAGAGCGGAGGCCGGGGGCAAGGGGUUCCCUGGGCUGGUGCUUGCCGUGCCAAACCACCAGCAGCAGCACCCGUGGCAGGGGAACACAGGAGGAGCAGCCUUGGCGCGUGAGGGGCACAGUGAGGGGGAUGGGGCACAGGAGCAGCGAGAGGGGGGCGUGCCUUGGACCCCCACUGGAUCCUCGUCUGAUAAGAUCUCACCGCGUUCCAAGUGGAUCAGUGGGGGGAGAGCGACAGAGGGAGCAGCGAUUGCAGCAGCAGGGAGAGGAGCAGGUUCGUUUGCUGGUGUGGCGGGAGGGGACGUGUUGAGGGGAGGUUCCAGUGUGGAUGUGGGCGCACGUGAGAGUGUGGGAAUGGGGGAUUCGGUCAGGGGAAGCUCGCCCUUUGAUGCUGCAGCGCGCUGGACAGAAGCGAGUGCGGAGAGAGGGAGCUCAGGCGCUCAGCUGGAUGCGCUCGGCCUGAGAGAGUCACAGGGCGGGUACCUUGGUAGUAGUACAGGUGGAGGGAUGAUGGGGGAGAAGCAGGAGCGGCGGACACUGCCUGUGUUUGAGGCGCCAGGGGGGGAGAGCAGCGAGAAGCAGCAGCAGGAGGAGGGGAAGGGUCGCAUGGUGCCGACGCUGGUGCGGCUGCACGAGUCGUGGACGCAUCUGCGGCAGCGGGAAACAACUCCUGAGCGCGUCCCUGUGGGUGUCUCUGUGGGAGCACUGGCUCCCAAUGCAGCUGUGCCUCCUCAUGUGCCUCAUGUACCUGGCCCCAGCAGCAGGAGGAGCCUGCCUGCUGCGCCUGGGCUGAGCAGCAGAAGCAGUGUGGGUGGGAUGAGAGAGAGUCUGGGCGGAGGGAGGGAGAGUUUGGUUCAGGAGCGGAAUGGGCGGCCGAGUGAGAAUCUGCUUGGUAGAUUGGCGGGGAUGGGAGGGGAGAGGGACGUUGGUGGGGAAGGGAAGGCUGCGCUGGGUGCGGGUGAUGAGUCAAUUGACGGUGGCGGCAGUGGUGGCGGCAGUGGUGUGAGGGAAGCAGGUUCUACUGAUGCGACUAGGCAAGAGCUGAGCUUUGAUUCUCAAGGAGGUGAAAUUGGAAAUGUGGAACCAAGUUUUAGGCAUGCAGCUGUGCAAGAGAACACGGGGCGGGAUGAGCAAGGGAUGGAUGAGGAGGAAGAAGGGAGGUAUGGGAGGCAAGCAGAUGGCUUGCUGUCUGCAAACCCACACGCCGAGCAGGAACUGCAUGGGAGGCUGUCAAUCAAUGGCAUGGACAAGGCGGGCAUGGCCGGUUCUGGCAGUGCUGUAAGUGCUGCUGAUGGUGCUGCUGGGAGGGCUGCAGAAGCAGCAGGAAGUGAGGAGCAUCCAGGCAUGUUUUCUGAGGAGGCAGUUCGCAUGCAUGGAUUGGACGGGAUUGCUGAGUGUGAGGAGGAGGGUAGAGGGGCGGACUCUGGGGGUGGUGAUGACAGGGAUGGGUCACAGAGCGAAGCCGGGUCAACGAGUUCGAGUAGGCGUGGGGAGGGCAAGGGAGGAAGCCGGAAGUCGACGCGCAAGCUGCAUGAUAACGAGUGGGUGGAGCAGCCAGAGCCUGGGGUGUACAUCACGCUUUCCAAACUGCCUGGCGGUGGAACCGAGCUGAGACGGGUCCGAUUCAGCCGCAAACGCUUUAUUGAACGACAAGCGGAGACGUGGUGGGCGCAGAACAAGACUCGAGUUAUGGAAAUAGCACUUCUCCGAGCAGCCGAGUCAACGUUGGCCCUACCUCGAGAUUUGGUUCGGUUCGGACCCUAUUCGCUGCAAGAUGAAAAACCACUUUUCCAUGGAUCCUUAUGGAUCGGGAAUCAGAAGGACAAGACCGCAAACACCUCCUCCCCAGCCUCUCAACCUACGCAGCAGCAACAGCAGGUGGCAUCCGCUACGCCUGCUUCAGCAGGAGGGACUGGCCAGUACUACACGUACCAGUCGCUUGCUGGUUAUGGAACCCAGGCGCAGCAACAGCAGCAAGCGCAGCAAGCGGGACAGCAGCAGCAGGUCUCUUACACCCAGGGAGCUUCGGCUGCGUCGGCCACCCCUUAUUCCUCGCUCUCCUCCUUCGCCACCACGGUCGACGGAACGUCCAAGUAUUCCGCCGGCGCGCAGGCAGUCGCUGCAGCCUACGGCCUCGAUAUCUCCAGCGGUGCGGGAACCGCCGGCGGUGCUUCCGCGUACGGUGGUUACGGCGUGGGGACGACUGCUGCUACUCCGGCCGCCGCUGGAGGGACGUUCAGCUUCGACCCUAAGACGGGGGCCUACUAUCAGGACGCGUCAUCAACGCAGUACCAGCAGCAGCAGGGCGCGGGGGGAGCGUCGGCCAUCGGGCUGGCAGCAGCAGCGGCGUCCAUGCAGCAGGCCAUGGCGACGCAGCAGCAGGCAGCUGCAGCGCAGCAGCGCGUCUACACGGCGACUGACGGCUACGGACAGCAGCUGCUGGUGACGGCGCCCACGACCGCAUCAGUGGGGGGAGGGCAGCGGCAGAUCGUAUACACCACAGGCGUGCAAUACGACGCCGCUGCUGCCGCCGGCGGUGCCACGCCUGUGAUGCUCACUGCCGCGGGUCCCGGGUAUGCUGCCAUGGGGGGAGGCGUGUCCGGCAUGGGUGCGGGGAGCGUCCCGUUCCAGCAGCAGAUGGCCGUGGCGAUGCAGCAGCAGAUGCAGCAGCAACAGCAGCAGCAGCACGUGCCGGCGCAGGGUUUUUCUCAGCUGCAUCCCACGCCUCAAGGCUUCCACGGCCGGGACUUCGCUGCAUCCAAGGCAUCUGCCCCUGCUGGCCGAACCUCCGGCCCCGGUGCGGACUCCGGAUUCCAGACCAGCAAGGCUUGGCCCGGGGCUCGCGACGCUGGGCCGAAACGGGAAGUGGAGAGGGGGAGGGAGGAGGAGUGGCGGAAGGGCGGGGAGAGGGAGCGAGGGGCGUCCCCACCCCGUGACUACUACCGCCCCUACUCCUGCAAGAUCGAGCCGUUCCCAUUCGCGGAAGUGGAGAGGGGGUACUUGAGCAUCUGCAAGCGCUACCCGCGCCUCUAUGUGCCGGCUGACUUCUGCAAGGCUCGUGCGGUUUGGCCCACUCACUCCACGCCUCUGCCACUCUUCACUCCUGUCAGCUUCGAGCACGACUCAGUAGAGGUAGAAUCUGACGACUCUGCAACCGCUGCUGCCACCACUGCUGCGGCAUCAACGUCUCCUGCUGCUGCAGCGACCGUCAACGCUGCCUCGACCCCGAUCAAGGGAGACCCUGCAGUGAAGGCAGAGCCAGAGGAGGGAGCACAGGUCACAGAAGUGAAGGGUGAGGUUCAGGGCAUGGCAGAGGACGGCAGUGGCACUCCUGCAGGGCAGUCUGCUGAUGCUGUUGCGACAGCGACAGCUGUGGAGUCGGCUCCACAAGACACGUCUAUGGCAACGGCGAAUGAGAGCUGUGGCUUUGCCACGUCGCCUGCCCACUCUGCUGCUGCUCCCUUUGGGCUUAAACUGCCCAUGCUCUGGACUGUCAAGGUGCUGAUGAUGAGUGGCCUGGACGCUCCAGCCCUGGCCCAGAUCACGUCAGACAAGCCCCCUUCGCCUCACGAGCGCCCCCCCCAUACCAACCACGCACUGCGAUUCGUCUGCAUGCGCCGCGACCGCGACCCCAUCUCAGCCAUUGGCGGGCGAUGGGAGGCGGAAACGGACGGUGGGGAUCCGAGCAAGGAGGACUCUGGGCUCGUGCGAGCUGCGAUCAGGUUCGUGAAGGCAACAGUGCGUGUGGAUCUGAGCGCAUGCAAGGACUGGGUGCGGCUUAUCGACGUGGUUUACAUGAGAUCUGAUAGCCAUGGCAAGCCGACCCACCUAGAAACUGUGGUCUACUUCUUGCCGAACCUGUCGGAGUGCCUUCCGAGCCUGGAGGAUUGGAAGGAGGCUGUGAAAGAGCUGGAGGCGAAGAGGAAGGCGAUUGAGGAGAAGGAGCGGAAGGAGAAGGAGAGGAGGGACAAGGAACGGAGGGAGCGUGAGAAGGAGAAGGAGAAGGAAAGGGAGAAAGAGAAGGAGAAGGAAAAGGAGAAGGAAAAGGAGAAAGAAAAGGAGGAAACCGGAAAGGAGAAGGAGAAAGGUGAGAAGGAGAAGGAAACAAGUGACAAGGACAAGGAGAAGGAUGAGAAGGAGAAAGAGAAGGAGAAGGAGAAGGAGAAGGAGAAGGAGAAGGAGAAGGCUAAGGAAGGCGACUCUGCAGGGGCAGGCAAGGCAACAGCAACGGAUGCGGUGAAGGAUGGAGCAGAGGGGUCAGGUGAUGGAGAAAAGGCAGAGGGCAGUGAGGCGAAGGAGGGAGCGGGGAAGGAAGGGGAGGAAAAGGACAAGGAAAAAGAGGAGAAGGAGAAGAAAGAGAAAGAGGAGAAAGAAAAGAAGGAAAAGGAGGAAAAGGAGGAGAAGGAGAAGAAAGAGAAGGAGGAGAAGGAGAAGGCAAAGGAGAAGGAGAUCACCAAUCCUGGCUUCAUCCUGGUUUCUUCACGCUCCAAGACCGUCAAG